AUGUCGAAUAAGAGCGACGACGAGGGCCUAGCGUCGUCGGUGGCACGCGCACUCGGUCUGAAUCGCUCACAGACGCAAUCUGGCAGUAGUAAUCGCACUCAUGCUCGCCGCCCGACCUCACUGGUGCCACCACGCCAACCACCACUCCCGAAGCUGUCUGAAUGGUCGACUCCUGCUGUGCCGGACAGCGUUUGGUCGUCCAUGGACUUCAUGCUCGGUGUGGGGAUGGUCAUCAUUCAAGAGAACACCCACAAAAUCGUGGUGGUUUACGAGAAAGAGAAGAAAUACUGUUUCUUCCCGAGGGGGCGGAAGGAUGUCGGCGAGAGUCUGGAGCAGGCUGCUCUACGGGAGGCUUACGAAGAGUCAGGAUAUCGGGCGUCGUUUAUGCCUCACUGGGCACCGCAUCUGGCGCCAUUUCCUCCCAGUGACCCUGAGGCGAACUAUAGAGCGACUACCGAAGCAAUCGCUAUUACGCUGCUGCACUGGUCUCCACGAACAAGGAGAGUGGGUACGCGCUUGGUGGAGAAGCCGGGAGGGGAGUACCUCAUUCAUUGGUAUCUUGGGAUGAUACCAGAAGACAUGGAUCGCGAAGUAGGCACGGGCAUGCCAGACGAGCAGAACUUUGAAUCUCAUCUCCUUCCCGUUGACGAAGCUAUCAAGGUUUUACCAGGCCAAGAGGCCAAAGUGCUUCAGUUUGCAUGGGCCGUCUAUCGACGCACACUCGAGAUCAACCAGCAGAUCCGGGAGGAAGAGGUGAAGCAAGCCAGCUCGGCUGCACCGACGCUGGAUGAUGAUACCGGGGCGAUUCGCGGAUCCACGAACGAUGAUGCCAGACCCAACCUGUAA